AUGAUUGCCUCUACUCUUCUCGCCUUGCUCCCCAUCUUGGGCCUCACCUCCGCCGCUGUCGUUCCUCGAGAGAGUGCCAAGUUUGGUCGCCUGCUUCAAUGGGAUGACCUGACCCUCUGUGUCAAGGCCAACGAUGCCCACAUCGGUGCCGCCAUCUCUUUCGGCUCCUGCGUCAGCAACGGCACAGAAGGCUACGACCUCCAGAUGUGGAACUUUACCAACAGCGCUCCCUUCGACAACAAGGUCAUCAACCUCCAAGCCUACCCUGACCUCUGUAUCGAUGCCGGCUACGUGCCUCACAAUGGUGGCAAGUAUUCUCUUCAGCCUUGCGGCUGGAACCCUGCCGGUCAGCUCUUGAGUUACGCAUCCGAUGGCCUCAUAUCUACUUCCAACGGUAUCUGCAUGAGGAAGUGGGAGGACAGCAAGGAGAUCGACCAGCACGAGUGUGCCGACAAGGUCGAUCAUGAGCUUACUUUCACUCCUGCUUGA